AGUGUGAAAUGUGGAAAAACUCUUUGGUGUUCAUUUCAGAGACACACUGACACAGUACCUCUUCUCUUCCACCCUAAUUUAGCUUCCAGUCUGUGAAUCGUUCGGCGUUUGCUUGCAGCGCCAUGGGUUUUCACGUCGCCGCCAGACGCUUUUACCAGAACCUCGCCGCCGCCGCCACCUAUGGCCGUCAAUGCCACCACUACUCUUCUUCCGCCUCAAACGAAAUGAAUCUGGUCAAGCAACUGAGAGAACGAACAAGCGCUCCGAUCAAGGACGUGAAAGCUGCUCUCGUCGAUUCCAAUUGGGACAUCGAGGAAGCUCAGAAGGAGCUCAGAAAACGAGGCAAAGUUCUCGCCUCCAAGAAAUCCUCUCGAACUGCCUCCGAAGGUUUGCUCGCGCUCGCCCAUGAUCGCACCAGAGCCGCCCUCGUUGAACUCAACUGCGAAACUGAUUUCGUCGCCAGGAAUGAGAUUUUCCAGCACCUGGCAUUGUCUUUGGCGAAGCAAGCUUUAUUGCUGGAAAACUCUUCUGAUGCUCCAUUUCACUUUGGACCUCAAUCACUGGAGGAGAUGAGGUUGGAUCUUCAGCACCCGAAGAUCAGUGGAGAAACCACCGUUCACAAUGCGAUCACUGAAGUAGCUGCUAUUAUGGGGGAGAAUGUAAAACUAAGGAGAGGUUUUGUGAUGCCUGCAUCGUCGCAGGGUCUUAUAUCUACUUAUCUUCAUACCAGUCCCCAACCAGGUUUGGGUCGCAUAGCUGGGAUUUUGUCUCUUGAAGUUGAUAAUGGCAACACACGAGUGGAUGCACUUCAACGAGUUGGAUCAGAAUUGGCCAUGCAUGUAGUGGCAGCAAAACCAUUAUUCUUAACAAAGGAACUUGUGUCCUCAGAGGCUUUAGAAAAUGAGCGUGAAGUUCUUAAAUCUCAGGCAGAAGCCUCUGGUAAGCCUCAAAUGGCCAUAAACAAAAUGGUUGAAGGAAGACUGCGCAAGUACUUUGAGGAAGUUGUGCUCAUGGAGCAAAAGUUUAUCUUGAAUGAUGCUUUGAAUGUAAAGACAGUGCUCGAUAAUCUAUCCAAGGAGGUGGGCUCAUCUGUAAGGAUUGGGAGCUUUCUCAGAAUGGAAGUUGGGGAAGGAAUUGCAAGUCAAGAAGCAGAUUCAUCUGAGUCUGUUGCUCAGGUUGCGUAAUUUAAGGCGAUUCAGUACAUGUAUGGAGGAAACUUCUCAGAGCUAAGGUUUGUUCUGUCUAUUGAUCCAGAAGUUUUUAGGUACAAUAUUCUGUUGAAAAUUUUGCUCCUUAGGAGAAACUUCAAUGGUUUCUGGUUAGUGCUCGGGUAUGCUGUGGUGCGCUCUCCUGGUGGAUGUCUGCUAAAAGCCCAAGAAAGUUAUAGUUGAACCACAUUGGUUGCUUUAUAUUUUGUUUCUACAUCUUCUGUUAGCUCAGAAAGUCUCUUAAUUUUAAAUUUGCAAAACUGACAAAUAAAUUGAUAUGUUGAGCUUCUAUUUAGAAUGAAGCAAAAGAUGCCUAAAAGCAGACUGAAGGUAUUUAAGUUUUUAAAGGAUUCAAAUAAAUGAAUUAUCCGAUUUUCAAUGCAAAA